AUGCAGUGGAAUCACAUUCCAUCAAUACAAAAUGCACUACAGUACAUUGAUAGAUAUGUCUCUGCAUGGAAUCCACGAGCACUGGACCUUAGAAACCAAACAUUCCAUCGAUCAAUUAUUGAUGAUCCUUUCUUGAUGGACACAAAAAUGAUUCAAUCAAGUGAUGCUUCAAAUGACUAUUGUGAGUUGGUCAAUUCUAUUCAACGACAUACAAAGUGUAUUGCCCAAAGUUGCCUCCGAAGAAAGGGCACAACUCUUCUAUGUCGUUACAAAGCCCCUUGGAUCAUUCAAGAAAAAUCUACUCUUUCAAAUGUUGAAAAUGGCCAACCGAAACACACCCCUGCUCGCAAUGAUGACCGCCUCAAUCUUCACAACCCAUUCAUACUUUCUAUAUGGAGGGCCAAUGUAGAUUGUCAACCGGUUCUCUCAAUAGAUGCUGUGAUCAAAUAUAUUGCAAAAUAUGCAGCUAAAGCUGAAAACAAAUCUGAGACAUAUCAUCAAAUGUUGUCUCGCAUUUCAACAAACUUUGAGCCUGAUAAACCAACUCCUAAUGCUUUUCAAAAAAUGCUUGUAGAGAACCUUGUUGACCGUGAUAUAGGAGCUCAAGAGACUUGUCACCUUUUACUAAAGCUACCACUAUCCCUCUCUAGCAGAACAUUUGUUUCUUUAAAUGUGAACCAAAAAAACUUCCAACGUGUUUCAAUCUCCCCCACAAGAACAACCACUUAUCCAAAUUAUAUGGCAACCUACAUGGAAAGGCCUAUACAUCUAGAGAGAAUGUGUCUUAUUGAUGUAACUAAAAAAUGGUCAUUCAAUGCAUCUCAAAAACGCAAUCAAUGGAAAGAGAGAACCAAUCCUGUAAUAGUUCGAGUCUCCCCUAGAUUCACAUCCAUACCUUCAAAGGAGGACAAAUAUUUUCAAGCAUUUUGUUGGAGUGAACUAUUACUAUACCAUCCAUUCCGCAACAUUGAGAUGGAUUUUGGCUCUUCAGAUGAUGAAAUUAAAGCACAAUGGGAGAGGUUCUCCAACAACUACCAUCCAUGGCAUGUACAUCGAACAACCUCAACAACAACGGAAGAAAGUGAUACUAGCACUCCUGCAAGCGAGCCUGAACAGAUACAACAAGACUUCCUUACUGAAUGGAAAGCCCUUUCAGCUUUAUACCCAGGAAUUCCUAUUCAACUGGAUGAACUUGAUAUGCUUGGCCAACCUGAAAUUGACUUGAGCCAUGACUGGGGAAAACACCACAUACCCACACAACAAAAAGUUGUAGCUACUACUUUCAUACACUCCAAUCAGACAACAUUUCAAUCCCACCAUGUUUACAAUCAACAAGCCACAUAUGCCUUGUCUAUACAACAACAAAGGGCAUAUGAUUUGGUUAUUACACAUCUACAACACAAUACUUUAAAGCCACCACUAAAGAUUAUUGUUCAGGGAACUGCAGGCACGGGAAAGUCUCACCUGAUAACGAGCAUAAAGUCUACAAUGAUGAGAUUGGCACCACCAGGACAAUCACCACUACUACUCCUUGCACCAACAGGAGUUGCAGCAUUCAACAUACAAGCUUCAACAAUCCAUUCUGCCCUUCGAAUUCCAAUCAAAGAAAUGGUCCCCCUCCAAGGACAAACACUUGCCAGCUUCCAAGAAAGCAUGUACUUCAUUCAUUAUAUUCUAAUAGAUGAAAUGAGCUUCAUUGGUCGUAGGUUAAUACAAUGUAUUGAUAUGAGGUUGCAUGAGGCAUUCCCUACACAUAACCAAAUCCCAUUUGGAGGACGCUCAAUCAUACUAUUUGGUGACUUGGGCCAGCUACCACCUGUCAAGGACAUUCCAAUGUAUGCUUCAAAUUCUUAUGGAGGGACACUAUGGUGA